UACAUAUAUAUUAUAAAAUGAUUAUCACAAUUAAGUACCUAACACAUCUAACACCUUAGUUACCAUUAUUUCUCUUUUUUGUGGUGAGAACAUUUGAGACCUUUGUUUUAAAUGCUGAGGGUUUGAAAAGUAAACCAAAUAGCAUACACCAGCAGCUUGAAAUUUGCUUGGUUAUCAUUUAUAAUCCUUUGUAAAGUUCAAACAUAAUCUUUAGUAUCUCAAAUAAUAUUCUCUGGCUUCUGCAACUCAGGAUGUCUAAAAUUGGUAAUAACAAUUAUAAAUUAAUUUUAAAUUUCUAGGUACCAUCUUUAUUAAUAUUGAGUGAACUAUAUUGCUUUUUAAGAUGUUACCUUUGCAGUACAGGAGUUAGGUUAAUUGAUGGAUUUCCUGACUUCUCAAAACAGACAAUUUAACCCAUAUGUUUAGUGUCUUAGAGUCUCCAGUUCUGUGUAGAUGAGUUUCCAUGUUUAUCUGCUAACAUUGCGAUAUCGAGUGAAGAGUUAUAUCUUCUGAUGUCAGAACUGGGAUGAAAUCUUUAACCCUGUAGCUCUAUUUAAACAGAAUCACCACAUUUGGAAAUAGAAUGCUUUAGACCCCAUAAAGUUACUCUGUUUUGUGCAUGUGCUGGUAUCUCCACCCCUUUGAUCUUGCAUGGCAGUUAGACACAUUGCAUAAAAAUGCAAGAGAGAGAGUAAGCCUGGAUUUUUGCUUUUCUCUGGGACUUGGUGGCUAAACUAGCCAUAGAAAACACAUUUUGGGAUCAUGUGACUGGAUGGUGUUCUCAUAGGUGUGCUUUUACUACAUCACACAGGUUUCCAUUACCAGCCCCCAGGUACCCAAUCAUUACAAUUCACUCUGACUUUGAAAUCUAUAGACAGAAUGAAAACUGUUACCUUGUGAAAUAAGGAAUAAUAUCAGAGCAGAUCUUAAAAGAAUGGGAACUUUUUUCCUAUGUGUGUGUUGUGGGCAGGAGGGGUUUUCCUGUGUGUGUGUGUUGUGGUCUUUUUAUAUGGUUAGCCUUUCAUUUUUUAGGAAGGAAAAUGGCAGGAGUCAGCUUGGUAUUAUGUCAGUGAAAAGCUUCCUUUUUAGCCAUUCCCAAAGAUUCACAUAGUAUAGCGUCACUGAGUUCAGUCUGCAGUGAAAGGACUUGGAUUACUUAUGUACCAAAAUAAUAACCAUGUUGACUGCAAAACUUGAGCAUGUAUUUUACCAUUGUAUCCUGGAGUGCUGAUUCAGAAGGCAUACAUCUAGCCAGAUUGGGUAACCUUUUAUCCAUGUUCCCAUUUGCAUAUUUGCAUACCAGAGAUGGGAGAAUCUUUGAGGCAGUGCAAACUUGCUAGCCCUCUCUAGCAAAGAGUAGAGGUAGGCUGAAGUCAAGAUCAACAUGGCAAUGUUGUGUUCCCUUGUGGUUUGCUGUCAGCAAGCUGUUACCCAUACAUGCAAAAGGUUGUUUGAAGUGGCUUGCACGUGUUUCCAUAGCAGCAGUCAUCUUAGCGAUUCCACUCAUUUUUUUUUUUUUUGGACUUUUUUUUUUCUUUUGCUUCUCUAUUCCUCGCUGAUGCAGGAUUAAACAAACAGCAUAUUUAGGUCAAGGAAAGAGAUGUUUGCUCGUAUAGAUGCUAGGCUAAGCAUUCUGGGAGAGUGAUUUCUUGCAGCAGAUGAACAUUCUUUGUGCUUCCCUGCAGCAUCUGCAGCAGUGUGGCUGUCUGGCACUGUCUUUUUCAUUUUGGGCAGGUUCUGAGAUUCAGAACAAUCCCAAGCAAAUCACAGGAGCCGGCAGUUUUCCAGAAACCACAUGUAAAUCUUCUGCUUAUUUUGUAUUAACAGUGAAGCAAUCCGCUGGAAAAAUGAUACUUUAAAGGUUUUGGUGCAUCUAAGGUGUGUCAUCUUGGGUUUGCACCACCCCUCCUGUUUUACACUCGGAGCCUGGAUUUUUUUGUCAGGCAGUUGGGCAGGAGCGGAUUCUAGUACGACAGCUCAGAGCUUCCCUUCUGUUCCAGUGCUGGUGACUGCUUGUCAUGAAGAUGGUACAGUGGGAGCCUGUUUCUGAAGAGCCAAGGAAGAUGAUGUGGAAACGGAGUAGAGAUUGCUAAAAAUCUGAACAGCCACACCUUGGGGAUGGGUUGCACUACUAGUGUGAUUCUGUUUAAAGGCAUCCGCACCGUCUUUGAGAGAAACUGCGCUUAUAUGUGCAAACAGCAAGGAGAGAAUAAUGCCCUUGAAUAUACAGCAUACAAUUGGACAAAAGAAGAUUCAGAACUAUUGAUCUCCUCCUGGCUGGUUCCCAAGUGCUGGUCCUCAGACCAUGGCAAAGCUUUUUUUGGCCUGUGGAGAAAUGAGAAAAAUAAGAAAAAUGCAAAGCCAAAGCUAAUUGAGCCACUAGACUAUGAAAAUGUCAUUGUCCAGAAGAAGACUCAGAUCCUGAAUGACUGCUUAAGGGAGAUGCUGCUCUUCCCUUAUGAUGACUUUCAGACGGCCAUCCUAAGACGCCAGGGCCGAUACAUAUGUUCAACAGUUCCUGUAAAGGCAGAAGAGGAAGCACAGAGCUUAUUUGUUACAGAGUGCAUCAAAACCUACAACUCUGACUGGCAUCUCGUGAACUAUAAAUAUGAAGAUUACUCAGGAGAGUUUCGACAGCUUCCAAACAAAGUGGCCAAGUUGGAUAAACUUCCAGUUCAUGUCUAUGAAGUUGAUGAGGAGGCUGACAAAGAUGAGGAUGCUGCCUCCCUCGGAUCUCAGAAGGGUGGAAUCACCAAGCAUGGGUGGCUGUACAAAGGCAACAUGAACACUGCCAUCAGUGUGACCAUGAGGUCAUUUAAGAGACGUUUUUUCCACCUGAUUCAACUUGGUGAUGGAUCGUAUAAUUUGAAUUUUUAUAAAGAUGAAAAGAUCUCCAAGGAACCGAAAGGAUCAAUAUUUCUGGAUUCCUGUAUGGGUGUUGUUCAGAACAACAAAGUCAGGCGUUUUGCUUUUGAGCUCAAGAUGCAGGACAAAAGUACUUAUCUGCUGGCAGCAGACAGUGAAGUGGAAAUGGAAGAAUGGAUCACAACUCUCAAUAAGAUUCUCCAGCUCAACUUUGAAGCUGCAAUGCAAGAAAAGCGAAAUGGAGACUCUCAUGAAGAUGAUGAACAAAGCAAAUUGGAAGGUUCUGGUUCCGGUUUAGAUAGCUACCUGCCUGAACUUGUCAAGAGUACCAGAGAAGCAGAAAUCAAGCUGAAAAGUGAAAGCAGAGUUAAACUUUUUUAUUUGGACCCAGAUGCCCAGAAGCUUGACUUCUCAUCAGCCGAGCCAGAAGUGAAGCCAUUUGAAGAGAAGUUUGGAAAAAGAAUUCUUGUCAAGUGCAAUGAUUUAUCUUUCAAUUUGCAAUGCUGUGUUGCUGAAAAUGAAGAAGGACCCACUACAAAUGUAGAGCCUUUCUUUGUUACUUUAUCCCUGUUUGACAUAAAAUACAACCGAAAGAUUUCUGCGGAUUUCCAUGUGGACCUGAACCAUUUCUCCGUGAGGCAGAUGCUGGCCACCACAUCCCCGGCUCUUAUGAACGGCAGCAGGCAGAGCCCGCCUGUCCUUCAGGGCAUCCUCCACGAAGCCGCCAUGCAGUAUCCGAAGCAGGGAAUAUUUUCAGUCACGUGUCCUCAUCCAGAUAUAUUUCUCGUGGCCAGAAUCGAAAAGGUCCUUCAGGGGAGCAUCACGCAUUGUGCUGAGCCGUAUAUGAAAAGUUCAGACUCUUCCAAGGUGGCUCAGAAGGUGCUGAAGAAUGCCAAGCAAGCCUGCCAAAGACUGGGACAGUAUAGAAUGCCAUUUGCUUGGGCCGCAAGGACAUUGUUUAAAGAUGCAUCUGGAAACCUUGACAAAAAUGCCAGAUUUUCGGCCAUCUACAGGCAAGACAGCAAUAAGCUAUCCAAUGAUGACAUGCUCAAGUUACUUGCAGACUUUCGGAAACCUGAGAAGAUGGCUAAACUCCCAGUGAUUUUAGGCAAUCUAGACAUUACGAUUGAUAAUGUUUCCUCAGACUUCCCUAAUUAUGUUAAUUCGUCGUACAUUCCCAUGAAGCAGUUUGACACCUGUACGAAAAUGCCGAUCACGUUUGAAGUAGAGGAAUUUGUGCCCUGCAUACCAAAACACACUCAGCCUUACACCAUUUACAACAAUCACCUUUACGUCUAUCCUAAGUACUUGAAAUAUGACAGUCAGAAGUCUUUUGCCAAGGCCAGAAAUAUUGCUAUUUGCAUUGAGUUCAAAGAUUCAGAUGAGGAAGACUGUCAGCCCCUAAAGUGCAUUUACGGCAGACCUGGCGGGCCAGUAUUCACAAGAAGCGCCUUUGCUGCAGUUUUACACCAUCAGCAAAACCCAGAGUUCUAUGAUGAGAUUAAAAUAGAAUUACCCACUCAGCUACAUGAAAAGCACCAUUUGUUGUUCACAUUCUUCCACGUCAGCUGCGAUAACUCAAGUAAAGGAAGCACAAAGAAGAAGGAUGUUGUUGAAACUCAAGUUGGAUAUUCCUGGCUCCCGCUCCUGAAGGAUGGAAGGGUGGUGACUAGUGAGCAGCAUGUCCCCAUCUCAGCUAACCUUCCUUCUGGCUACCUUGGCUACCAGGAGCUGGGGAUGGGCAGGCAUUAUGGUCCAGAAAUUAAAUGGGUAGAUGGAGGCAAGCCACUGUUGAAAGUUUCAACUCAUCUGGUUUCUACAGUGUAUACUCAGGAUCAGCAUUUACAUAAUUUUUUCCAGUACUGUCAGAAAACUGAAUCUGGAGCCCAAGCCUUAGGGAAUGAACUUGUAAAAUACCUUAAGAGCCUGCAUGCAAUGGAAGGCCACGUGAUGAUCGCCUUCCUUCCUACCAUCCUGAACCAGCUCUUCCGAGUCCUCACCAGAGCCACCCAGGAAGAAGUCGCAGUGAACGUGACUCGGGUCAUUAUUCAUGUGGUUGCCCAGUGCCAUGAGGAAGGAUUAGAGAGCCACUUGAGGUCAUAUGUUAAGUAUGCAUAUAAAGCUGAGCCAUAUGUUGCUUCCGAAUACAAGACAGUGCAUGAAGAACUGACCAAAUCCAUGACCACAAUUCUCAAGCCUUCAGCUGAUUUCCUCACCAGCAACAAACUGCUAAAGUAUUCAUGGUUUUUCUUUGAUGUGCUGAUAAAAUCCAUGGCCCAGCAUUUGAUAGAGAACUCCAAAGUUAAGGUACUGCGAAACCAGAGAUUUCCUGCAUCCUAUCAUCAUGCAGUGGAAACCGUUGUGAAUAUGCUGAUGCCACACAUCACUCAGAAGUUUCGAGAUAACCCGGAGGCUUCUAAGAACGCAAAUCAUAGCCUUGCUGUCUUCAUCAAGAGAUGUUUCACCUUCAUGGACAGGGGCUUUGUCUUUAAACAGAUCAACAACUACAUUAGCUGCUUUGCUCCUGGAGACCCAAAGACCCUCUUUGAGUACAAGUUUGAAUUUCUCCGUGUGGUGUGUAAUCAUGAACAUUAUAUUCCUUUGAAUUUACCAAUGCCAUUUGGAAAAGGCAGGAUUCAAAGAUACCAAGCUUUUCUUUCACCACCUGUGGAGUCACAUGACACUCCUGUAGACCUGCAGCUUGACUACUCAUUAACAGACGAGUUCUGCAGAAACCACUUCUUGGUAGGAUUGUUACUGAGAGAGGUGGGGACUGCCCUCCAGGAGUUCCGGGAGGUCCGUCUGAUUGCCAUCAGCGUGCUCAAGAACCUGCUGAUAAAGCAUUCCUUUGAUGACAGAUACGCUUCCAGGAGUCAUCAGGCAAGGAUAGCCACUCUCUACCUGCCUCUGUUUGGUCUGCUGAUUGAAAACGUCCAGCGGAUCAAUGUGAGGGAGGUGUCGCCCUUCCCCGUGAACCCUGGCAGUACUGGGAAGGACGAAUCUCUUGCCUUGCCCGCUGUGAACCCACUGGUGACGCCGCAGAAGGGAAGCACGUUGGAUAACAGCCUGCACAAGGACCUCUUGGGCGCCAUCUCUGGCAUCGCUUCUCCGUAUACGACCUCAACUCCGAACAUCAACAGUGUGAGAAACGCUGACUCGAGAGGAUCUCUCAUAAGCACAGAUUCAGGGAACAGCCUUCCAGAAAGGAACAGUGAGAAGAGCAAUUCCCUGGAUAAGCACCAACAAAGUAGCACUUUGGGAAAUUCUGUGGUUCGCUGUGACAAACUUGACCAGUCUGAGAUUAAGAGCCUGCUGAUGUGUUUCCUCUACAUCUUGAAAAGCAUGUCUGAUGAUGCUUUGUUUACAUAUUGGAACAAGGCUUCAACAUCUGAACUUAUGGAUUUUUUUACAAUAUCUGAAGUCUGCUUGCACCAGUUCCAGUACAUGGGGAAGCGAUACAUAGCCAGGAACCAGGAGGGGUUGGGACCCAUAGUUCAUGAUCGAAAAUCUCAGACAUUGCCUGUUUCCCGUAACAGAACAGGAAUGAUGCAUGCCAGAUUGCAGCAGCUGGGCAGCCUGGAUAACUCUCUCACUUUUAACCACAGCUAUGGCUACUCAGACGCAGAUGUCCUUCACCAGUCAUUGCUGGAAGCCAACAUUGCUACUGAGGUUUGCCUUACGGCUCUGGACACUCUCUCCCUGUUUACACUGGCAUUUAAGAACCAGCUCUUGGCUGACCAUGGACAUAAUCCUCUCAUGAAAAAAGUUUUUGACGUCUACCUGUGUUUUCUUCAAAAACAUCAGUCAGAGACGGCUUUAAAAAAUGUCUUCACUGCCUUAAGGUCCUUAAUUUAUAAGUUCCCCUCAACGUUCUACGAAGGGAGAGCGGACAUGUGCGCCGCUCUGUGCUAUGAGAUUCUCAAGUGCUGUAACUCCAAACUGAGCUCCAUCAGGACUGAGGCCUCGCAGCUGCUCUACUUCCUGAUGAGGAACAACUUUGACUACACUGGAAAGAAGUCCUUUGUCCGGACACAUCUGCAAGUCAUUAUUUCUGUCAGCCAGCUGAUAGCAGAUGUCGUCGGCAUUGGGGGAACCAGAUUCCAGCAGUCCCUGUCCAUCAUCAACAACUGCGCCAAUAGUGACCGGCUCAUCAAGCACACCAGCUUCUCCUCCGACGUGAAGGACUUGACCAAAAGGAUACGCACAGUUCUGAUGGCCACCGCCCAGAUGAAAGAGCACGAGAAUGACCCAGAGAUGCUGGUGGACCUCCAGUACAGUCUAGCCAAGUCCUACGCCAGCACCCCCGAGCUCAGGAAGACAUGGCUCGACAGCAUGGCCAGGAUCCACGUCAAAAACGGGGAUCUCUCAGAGGCAGCAAUGUGCUAUGUUCACGUAACAGCCCUGGUGGCAGAAUAUCUCACACGGAAAGAAGCAGAUGUAGCGCCUCGGCGGGGGCCGCCCCUCUUCCCCUGCAGCUAUGGCACCUGCCAGAGGAGGAGCCGGGGAGGCAUGUGUAGACAGGGAUGCACAGCCUUCAGGGUCAUCACCCCGAACAUAGACGAGGAGGCCUCCAUGAUGGAAGACGUCGGGAUGCAGGACGUCCAUUUCAACGAGGACGUGCUGAUGGAGCUGCUCGAGCAGUGUGCAGAUGGACUCUGGAAAGCUGAGCGCUAUGAGCUGAUCGCUGACAUCUAUAAACUCAUCAUCCCCAUUUAUGAGAAGCGAAGGGAUUUUGAGAGGCUGGCCCAUCUGUAUGACACGCUGCACCGAGCCUACAGCAAAGUGACUGAGGUCAUGCACUCAGGCCGCAGGCUCCUAGGGACCUACUUCAGGGUAGCCUUCUUCGGACAGGCAGCGCAAUACCAGUUUACAGACAGUGAAACAGAUGUGGAGGGAUUCUUUGAAGAUGAAGAUGGAAAGGAGUAUAUUUACAAAGAACCUAAACUCACACCUCUGUCAGAAAUUUCUCAGAGACUCCUUAAACUUUACUCAGAUAAAUUUGGUUCUGAAAAUGUCAAAAUGAUACAAGAUUCUGGCAAGGUCAACCCUAAGGACCUGGAUUCCAAGUAUGCGUAUAUCCAGGUGACUCACGUGACCCCAUUCUUUGAUGAAAAAGAAUUGCAAGAAAGGAAAACAGAGUUUGAAAGAUCACACAACAUCCGCCGCUUCAUGUUUGAGAUGCCGUUUACGCAGGCUGGGAAGAGGCAGGGUGGGGUGGAGGAGCAGUGCAAACGGCGCACCAUCCUGACAGCAAUACACUGCUUCCCUUACGUGAAGAAGCGGAUCCCCAUCAUGUACCAACAUCACACCGACCUGAACCCCAUCGAAGUGGCCAUUGACGAGAUGAGUAAGAAGGUGGCGGAGCUCCGGCAGCUGUGCUCCUCGGCUGAGGUGGACAUGAUCAAGCUGCAGCUCAAACUCCAGGGCAGCGUGAGCGUUCAGGUCAAUGCUGGUCCACUAGCCUAUGCCCGAGCUUUCUUAGAUGACACAAACACAAAAAGAUAUCCUGACAAUAAAGUGAAGUUGCUUAAGGAAGUUUUCAGGCAAUUUGUGGAAGCUUGCGGCCAGGCCUUAGCGGUAAAUGAACGUCUAAUUAAAGAAGACCAGUUAGAGUAUCAGGAAGAAAUGAAAGCCAACUACAGGGAAAUGGCAAAAGAGCUUUCUGAAAUCAUGCACGAGCAGAUGGGAUGAUCUGCCCCCUGGAGGAGAAGGCGAGCGUUUUACCAAACUCCCUUCACAUCUUCAAUGCCAUCAGCGGGACCCCAACAAGCACAAUGGUUCACGGAAUGACCAGCUCAUCCUCGGUGGUGUGACCUCGCCUCAUGGAACACACGGGGGACUCGCUUUCUUGUUUGCAAACUCAGGAUGAUUUCCAAAGCUAAUCACUGGGGAGACCGAGCACAGGGAGAAGCCAAGAGGAAUAAGAGAGAAAGGAGAGAGAGAACUGUGUUUUUUCUUAGCAGAUUUUUCUAUGGGAGUCGUAAGAAGGUGCACAUAUUUUUUUAAACCUAACUGGCAAUAUUCAAACUUUUCAUUGUGUCUUAACAGAGGUGUGUGGUAGACACUCUUAAGCUGGAAUUAAAUUUUAUUCUUCCUUACAGAGUAGUAUUAAAAUAAAUGGCCUAAAGAAAAAGUGUUCUGGAAUGUACAUAGCAGGGACAGCAGCACUGAAAUUGAGGCCUGAGAGGCCACAUUUGCCUCUAGGCUGAGCUGGAAAAUCUUGAAAAUAUUUUUUUUUUCCUGUGGCACAUUCAGGUUGAAUACAAGAACUAUUUUUGUGACUAGUUUUUGAUGACCUAAGGGAACUGACCAUUGUAAUUUUUGUACCAGUGAACCAGGAGAUUUAGUGCUUUUAUACUCAUUUCCUUGCAUUUAAAAAACAUGAACGCUUAAGAAACUAUGUGAGCUUAAAACUAGUCAAGCUGUUUAGCACCAAAGGCCUGUAUUAAUAAACACAACUAUGCUAAAAAGUUAAAAGUAGUACAGUAUAUUGUUAUGUACAUAUAGUUUGUUAAUACAGUCUUGGCAUUCUGUACAUACAUGUAUUAUUACAUUUCUACAUUUUUAAUACUCACAUCACCCUGUGUUAAGUUUGUGACAAAUUUGUGUUGUUCUUAGUAUAUGCAAUACACUUUACUGUUUUAUUCUUGUACAUAAAAAAGUGCAAUAUGGAGAUGUAUACAGUCUUUGCUAUAUUAGGUUUAUAAACUGUUUAAAAAUUUCGUCCUUUUGCCAAAUUGGUGGAGUAUGUAAUUGGUAAAUCAUAAAUCCUGUGGUGAAUGGUGGUAUAAUUUAAAGCUUUCACCAUGUUAUAUUUUCUUUGAAAACAUUAAUUUAGUAAUUUUAUAUUUGGGAAAAUAAAGGUUUUUAAUUUUAUUUAACUGGGAUCACUGCCCUGCUGUAAUUAAACAUUCUGUAUCACAUCUGUAUUAAAAUAACCUUGCUGACCUUC